GUCAGUUUUGUAUAGUUUUCGACGGUUCAUAUGAAUUGUUAACCUUCCGUAUAAAGGUUGCUUUUACUUUGAGCUGUUAGUGUUUACUUCUCAUGUUAUUAUUUUGUUUAUCCAUCCUCGACAAAUAAACCGUGUAUUUUCGCUUCCUCCGGCCUAUUUGAAAAGAAUUUCUCCUCGAAGGCAGGUCCGGUGUGAUUCCAUUUUGGACAAACGCCGUGCCGGGUCCCAAGUAUUCGGACUGAUGUCAAUAGAAUCGGAAAAAGGGCGAUUCCGAUAAAUGAAAUGAGUUACCAGAGGGGCGGCGACGAGAAGCCCAAAUUCGGCUUCCAGCUGAUGAGCAAAGCCGAGAGGGCGGCGGCACUGCCUCCGCCUCCGACGGCGGCCCUCAGCAAGCAGGGCUAUUCGACGAUGACGUCCAUAACAGAAAACGCGCUCUCCGCCUCCUGGGGCCUACCAAAGAAGAGGUCAAAGACUGAAGAAGAGUACUUUGAUGAGGAGGAUGAGACACCAAAACUUGUCUAUAUUCCAGCACCUGGCAGCCCCACGGGGCAGCAGCAGUCAGAUUCAGACGAGGAAGACCCAUUGGAUGCGUACAUGGCUGGAAUUGAAAAUCAGGUGCAGAAACUGGGUUCGAAAGCAACCGUUCCAACUGAAGCUGAUAAAAAUAAAGGUAUCAGGGAUGACAUAGAAGAAGAAGAUGUCGAGGAGUCAUAUUAUAGGUAUAUGGAAGAGAAUCCAAGAGCAGGCCUUCAAGAUGAUGAAUCUGAUGUGGAAAUAGAGUAUGAUGAAGACGGAAAUCCAAUUGCGCCCAAAAAAUCGAAGAUCAUCGACCCGUUACCACCGAUUGACCAUUCGACGAUUAAAUAUGAGGAUUUUGUGAAGAACUUUUAUUUGGAACACGAAGACAUUACAAAGUUGGACGCUGAAAAGGUAGCUGAACUGAGGAACACCCUUGGAAUUCGAGUUUCUGGUCCACAUCCACCGAACCCAGUCACAAGUUUUGGACAUUUUGGGUUUGAUGAUGCCCUUAUGAAAGCCAUUCGAAAGUCUGAAUAUACUCAACCGACUCCGAUUCAAACUCAAGCAGUACCUGCUUCCCUUUCUGGAAGGGAUAUUAUCGGUAUUGCAAAAACUGGAAGCGGUAAAACAGCUGCAUUUAUCUGGCCCCUUCUUGUCCACAUCAUGGAUCAGAAGGAGAUAGGUGUGGGCGACGGCCCGAUCGGAUUGAUCUUAGCCCCCACUAGAGAACUUUCCCAACAGAUUUACACAGAAGCUAAGAGGUUUGGGAAAGUUUACAACAUCAAUGUGGUGUGUGCAUACGGAGGAGGGUCAAAAUGGGAACAAUCAAAAGCCUUAGAAGAAGGUGCCGAAAUUGUUGUCGCUACACCUGGAAGGAUGAUUGAUCUGGUCAAGAUGAAAGUAACAAAUCUGCAAAGGGUCACGUUCUUAGUUUUGGACGAAGCGGACCGUAUGUUCGAUAUGGGCUUUGAACCUCAAGUAAGGUCGAUCUGCAAUCAUGUUAGGCCGGAUAGACAAACACUGUUGUUUUCGGCGACUUUUAAAAGAAAAGUGGAGAAACUCGCCAGAGAUGUGCUUACCGAUCCUGUACGAAUCGUUCACGGUGAUGCUGGUGGGGAAGCAAACGAAGAUGUUACCCAACAUGUUCUCGUUAUGCUCCAAUCGAACAAGUUUCCUUGGCUCCUAGCACACCUUGUCGAUUUUCAGUCAACAGGAUCGAUUCUUAUUUUUGUAACAAAGAAGAUUAAUGCAGAAGAAUUGUCAACCCAGCUCAAACUGAAAGAAAUUGACACUCUCCUGUUGCACGGUGAUAUGGAUCAAAUUGAGAGAAAUCGUGUAAUAACCGCAUUUAAGAAAAAAGAUGUUGAUAUACUUGUCGCGACUGACGUCGCUGCCCGUGGUUUGGACAUUCCACACAUACGGACUGUGAUAAAUUACGACCUCGCUAGAGACAUAGACACGCACACCCAUAGAAUUGGUAGAACUGGAAGAGCAGGGCAAAAGGGCAGCGCUUAUUCUUUAGUGACGUCUGGCGACAAAGAAUUUGCAGGGCACCUUGUGAGAAAUUUGGAAGGAGCCAACCAAGACGUUCCGCAACCGCUUCUCGACCUAGCCCUCCAGAGCUCAUGGUUCAGAAAAUCAAGGUUUAAGACUGGCAAAGGAAAAUCAAUGAAUGUCGGAGGAGCUGGCUUAGGAUUUAGAGAACGACCUGGUUUGGGCUGUGUAGAAGGGCAAACCAAUUCCCGCCCAUCAGUGAGCAUUUCUGAAGUUGUGUCUAAAAGUUCAAGGGGGCCAGUUAUGGAUAGGUUAUCCGCUAUGAAAGCCGCUUUUAGGGCACAGUAUCAAAGUCAGUUUACUGCGUCUGAGGAUCAUACUUGGGAACAGACUCGAGACAACCCAGAAGGCGCGCCCAAGGCCCCGGCAGUGAAGGGACCUCUGAAGGAAAGAAGAGCUAAGAGAAGCAGAUGGGACACACCCACAUAGAUUAAAAUAUUUGAAACUAAUUUUACAAAAUUGGAUUUAUUAUUGUGGUGUACAAGUACACUCCCUUAGUUUUUUACCAAUUACCACUCAAAAUAUUGAGUGCACUAAUAAAACUUUUUUUUGGUAACUAAUUAAAAUACCAAGGAUGAAUGUACUUUAUAUUGUGAAAUUUGAAUUUUCCAGAUCAGUUGACAUUUUAAGUAAUAACUAGUUAUAUUGCCUAAUUUGUAUUUAUUUUAUAUUUCAUGAAUAUGUAAUUAAUGCUUACUUGUGUCAAUUCAUUUUGUAAAUAUUUCAAUAUAGGUUUCUAGACUUUGCAAAAAUGGCUGAAAAUGUUGUU